ACAACAAAAAAAAUUACAAAGUCGAAAAGUGCUGAAAAGUCGUGUUGUUGGCUUGGCAAGUGCGAGUAUUGUCUUCAUAGAAUAGAUCUAUUACAUAUUGACGAGUAAUCAUCUAAAUUAAAUUUUAAAACAGCAAUGGCCUUACCUAUUGUUUCUAUUACUAGAAGGGAAACUUUUAGUUCAUGUCACAGAUUGCACAGCCCAUUUCUAAGUGAUGAAGAGAAUAAAAAAUUAUAUGGAAAAUGCAACAACCCUAAUGGACAUGGGCACAAUUAUGUUGUGUUGGUCACAGUAAAGGGCCCAGUGGACCCACACACCGGCAUGGUGAUGAACGUUCAUGAUCUCAAGACAUACAUGCAUUCUGCUAUUAUGGAUCCUUUAGACCACAAAAACUUGGACCAAGAUGUGCCAUAUUUCAAAACUGUGGUAAGCACAACAGAAAAUCUUGCCAUUUUUAUUUGGGAUCAACUUCAGAAAGUUAUGGAUAAACCGCAAUUACUUCAUGAAGUAAAAAUAUUGGAGACGGAAAAAAAUCAUGUAGUUUACAGAGGUGGAUCUACUUAUCCUAGAAAGAAGUUUGAUAGCUCUACCUUACAUACAAACCACAAUGUAUCUUCUGACUCAGACUGAUUAACUGAAUGACAUUUUUAUAUUGCCAAUAAUCUCGAAUUUAUUUUUAUGGACAUUAUAAAAUUAUCUUAAUAUUGACGUUUAUAAGCAAUGUAGCGCAUGUUAAAAUUAAAUCAUUCCAAAACAUA